AGAUUUCAAUUUAUUGAGAGUACUCUACUCUGCAACUAUAUACGCCAAGUUCGAGAAGGGUGUGGUCCUUAAGGAUAUUGUCCAUUUGAGAUUCAUAAGAUGGAGAAAGGAUAUAAAACUAUUCAGAGCUCGGGGAUUUCUAAUGUCAAGGCGUAGAAAUGGUAUAGAAUUGUUCAGGUCUUGGAAUCUUCAAACACUUAAUUGUUUCGGAAAAGUAUCAUAUAGAUCAAAUGAUGAAGGAAAUUAUUCGGAGUUUCCACAACUACACUAUAUUCAUUGCUAUGGCUGUAUUCAUGGAAAUCCUCCCAGUUUUGUUCAUAAACUUUCUAAGAUAAGAGUUGAUGAUUGCUCACAAGAAUACAUUAAGAAUAUUCCAUUCUUAAAAAAGGUAAGCGUUGAUAGUAACGGCAGAGAGGAUUUCAAUGCUUGCAUUACGAACUUUGCCUCUUCAGAGCAGCUUGAGGGACUUUGUUUUUAUGGUAAUUGGCAGUACAUAAAUACUCCAAUUACUAAUCAUAUUGUUAACUUAAAAAAUCUUAGGACGUUGUCCUUACGAUCUAUAAGAUUUUGUUCAGAGGAAAUUAAUAUUCUUAGCAAGUUGCCUAGGCUUGAGGUGUUGAAGUUAAAAUGGACGCGAUUCCUAGGCAAAGAGUGGAAAAUACAAGAAGAAGUGAUAUUUUGCUGUUUAAUUUCUUUGCAAUUUAUUGGCUCUAAUCUUGAGCAUUGGCAAGCUAGUAGUUCUAAUUUCCCAAAACUUGAGCACCUAUAUUUUUUUGGUUGCCCUAAAUUGAGAGAGAUCCCAAUUGACUUUGCUGAAAUUUCAACAUUAAAGUCAAUCAUAUUACGGAGGUGUCUUCCUUCUGCUGUGGAAUCAACCAGGAAAAUUCAGGAUGAGCAACGUGAGUAUGGAAACGACAAUAUGGUUGUUACUGAGGAAAGGUUUUGGGAAUCAAAGAAAAGCCUGAGAGAAGAAGAGCUAGAAGUGGAUAACUGAAAAUUGAUACCUUGUAUUCAAUCACUUUUA